GUUGACCCAUAUUCAAGACAGCUAAUUGCAGAUAAUUUUUGUACUCGAAUAGUGGUCUUUUGUCAAAAUGCGAGUCCUACUUCCUUUCGGCCACCUGCUGCGCAGAUUUCUACUUGCCGGUUUGAUAGCGAGCAUCGUCACCUCAGCGUAUCUCGACGCGUUUUUACGCGGCCUGCACUCGAACCUAUUCAGAAGGAGCCUUCCAGGAUCUCUUGCAACAGCGCCUCAAGGCGCGGUAGGCUACUAUCAGCCACCCCCAGGUCCUGCUGUCACCUAUCCCUACCGGGUCUUAACAACUUCUGCACCAUCAAAUGAAGAAACGGCAGCAACGACAGUAACCGGUACGAGUAUACCGACAGAAAUCAUGCAAGGAUCAUCGAAAGAUGGAAGCAAUGGCAUAAACGAGCCAAGGAAGAACAUUGCGAUUAUGUCGGGGACAGUGACGGGAGCACAGGUGAUCAUGGAAGCAACACAAGCUGCAACAGCAAAUAAGGAUAUGACCUUAACUUUAGGCGGCUUCUUGCUUUCAAUUCUGCUGGGUAUACUGCAUCUGUGACCAUACCUGCUGUGUCCGAUUAGGGUCUUUGGUCUGCUUUAUUCCGAUUUUAAAUAACGUCAUUUUCUCAUUGCAGGCAUGUGAUUUGUGUGCCUUUCAUUAGCGAUUUUGUAGUAGUUAUAGAGCUUUGAGCCCAAGUCAAUAAUUCAAAACAUAUGUUAAUACCCCG